AUGGAGAGGGUCUGCCCAGAAUCUGAAGGCUUGGAAGAUGAUGAUGAUGAUGACAACGAUGAUGAAUUCAGAUACCCCUGCCACUCCGCACGUCCUCCACGCCAGUGCAAGAGCUAUGACAGCUCGGGUGGCAGUCAGGUGGAGGAUCUGGGAGAACCCAUCCCAUUUUCCCUAAAUCCCAGGCACUCUUACAUGGUGAAAGACGAAGGAGUGAAAAAUAGAAUAUAUGCCGAGACGUUGGCCAAGCAUGCACUAGAGCUUGAGGAGGAUGCUCAGGAGUUUCAGGAACCAUUUUACAAAGACACAGAAGUGCCUGGCAGCUUGUCCGAAGAUGAGGACCACAGCUGGACCCAUCACCUUCCUGUGCAUCAAAGGUCGCAUGUUCUCCGAAUGGCCAGUAUGGCACCGUGUGGCUCCUACGGUUCUUUCCAGGGUAGCGUGGGCAAGCAGUUGGGGAUGGAUGUCUUUGGCCCAUGGGCCCAUGCCAGUGACCCCUAUCUGGGGUACCCAGAGCGCACCAGGGGAGCAGAACCCCACAUGCUGCACGAGGAGACCAUCUGGGACAGGGAGUUCCCGUCCCUGCAGCUGACCCAUGACAUGCUCAAGGAGGAGAACGCCGUGCUCAGGAAGGUGGUCAGGAGCAUGCAGAGCUCCUUGGAGAGCCAGGCGUGCACAGUGCAGAGGCUGGAGAGGCAGCUGAAGGUCAGCCUGGCCAAAGCAGAGAGGGAAGCCCAAGUGCUACAGUCAUUUGUCCAGCGCACUGAGUGGAGUCUCCACGUCAUGACCCAGCGGGCUCUGGAGGCAGAAAGCAACGUGGAGAAGCUGAAGCAGGAGAUCUUUAUUCUCCAGGGAGAGCUGGAGAGCUCCAAGGUGGAGAACGAAAACCUGAGAGCGGGCCAAACGACCGACCUUGGGGCGGUGAAGCACAUCAUAGACUUCUCCUUGCAGAGCCUCCACAAGAUAAUAACAGGCACAAACUGGUCCAUCAAACAGCUCACCUCUGGGGCGGAGUCGCUGCAUAUUGUUGCUGAGGUCCUUAAAUCUACCGGCAAAAUUUCCGAAGUUGAAGCAGAAAAAGAGCUAUGA